CGAGGUUCAAAACACGAGAACAUGGAGUUGCUCCUUGGUGGUGGCCUCCUUCUGCUGCAUGAGAUCCGCGUGACCUUUGGUGACCCCCCAGCCGUCCGGCGUGGACAUGGAGGGGCAAAGUGGGCGCCCGGACGCCGGCUUCAGCUUCUCCCAGUAAUCUCGGCGGGCCCUGGCGCAAAAGGCGACCUCUGCAAUCAGGAAGUCGACGUUCUUGCUGACGAAAACCUCCAUCUGCUUCUUGAAGAUGGCCUUGACGUCAUCCUGGCUCUUGCAGCUGAGGUAUGAAGGCGUCUGGGACACGCCGCCCGCCACUAGGGCGUCGCCCUCGUCGGCCACCUCUCUCGCCAGGUCGCACGCCGCUUCGUUGAUUUGUUGCCCCUGCGUGGAGGUGGGAAAGAAAGGGCGGGAUUGGCUUCAUCUUCUGUACCCGACGGCAGCUGUGGAUAUAAACGGAGCCACGGCGGAUGGGUGGCUGUUCAUCUCAAGCUCGGGUUCUCUACCAGAGGCCUUUAAGCCUGAGGGUCCUGCACAGUAUCUUUGCUGUUCCAAGGACUGCGCUCUUCUGGACGGAGAUGUCUGAUGUUUUUCCGGGUGUCUGCCGGAGCCACUUCUCCAGUGUGGAGGACACAGCCCCCACUGCUCCUAUGACCACAGGCACCACUGUUGCUUUCACCUUCCAGACGCUCUCCAGCUCUUGCUUGAGCCCUUGCGACGCGUUGGGCAAACGAUGGAAGGACACGGCCGAGACGGUUGUCAUCGGAGGGGGUUGCGUGGGCGUCAGCGUGGCCUACCACCUGGCCAAAAGCGGCAUGAAGGACGUUGUGCUGCUGGAAAAGUCUGAACUGACCGCAGGUUCCACUUGGCACGCGGCUGGGUUAACCACCUAUUACCACCCUGGCAUCAACCUAAAAAAAGUCCACUACGACAGCAUUAAGCUGUACGAGCAGCUGGAAGCAGAGACCGGACAGGCUGUGGGCUUCCACCAGCCAGGCAGCGUUCGGAUUGCCUCGACAGCCGCCCGCGUGGACGAGAUGAGGUACCAGAUGACUCGCACCCACUGGCACGUGACGGAGCAGUACAUGAUCGGGCCCGAGAAGGUCCAGGAGCUCUUUCCUUUGCUCAAUAUGGAUAAGGUCUUGGCCGGACUGUACACCCCGGGAGAUGGCCACAUCGACCCAUACUCUCUGACCAUGGCGCUGGCGGCGGGCGCUCGCAUGUAUGGCGCCCAAAUCUACAACCCCGCCCCCGUCACAGGACUCACGCCCACAUCUGACGGCAAAUGGGACGUGCAGACGCCUCACGGCACUAUCAGGGCCAAUCGUGUCGUCAAUGCCACAGGUUUCUGGGCCCGUGAGGUGGGGAAGUUAAUUGGCUUUGACCAUCCAACCAUUCCAGUCCAUCACCAGUACGUCGUGACAGCGACCGUGCCGGAGGUAAAGGCUCUGAAAAAGGAGCUCGCCGUCAUCCGAGACCUGGAGGGCUCUUACUACCUGCGCCAGGAAAGAGAUGGCCUUUUGUUCGGGCCUUAUGAAAAGAUGGAGAAGAUGGUGCUGCAAGACUCUUGGGUUAGAGACGGCGUACCCCCAGGUUUUGGAAAGGAGCUGUUUGAAUCUGACCUGGAUCGGAUCAUGGAGCACGUGGAAAUGGCCAUGGAGAUGGUCCCCGUGCUAAAGAAAGCAGAUAUCAUCAAUAUUGUAUCCGGCCCGAUCACGUACACCCCGGACCUGCUGCCAAUGGUCGGACCGCAUCAAGGAAUUCGGAACUACUGGACCGCCAUCGGAUUCGGAUAUGGAGUGAUCCAUGCCGGCGGUGUUGGGAAAUUCCUGAGCGACUGGAUUAGAAAUGGCGAGCCUCCUUACGACCUGAUUGAGUGCGACCCCAACCGUUACUCGAGCUGGGUCGACGUGCCCUUCCUUUGCGCCAAAGCCAGAGAAUCCUAUGGCUUUAAUAAUGUGGUCGGCUACCCCAAGGAGGAGCGCUUCGCCGGACGACCGACCUACCGGAAGAGUGGCGUUUACGAUCUUCUCCAGGACAAAGGCUCCAUGGGCUUCCAUGCCGGCUGGGAACAACCCCAUUGGUUCUACAAACCGGGAGACGAAACCGGAUACAAACCCAGUUUCAGACGCACGAACUGGUUCGAACCUGUCGGUCGAGAGUGCAAACUGGUGAUGGAGAAGGUGGGAGUAAUAGACCUGAGCCCUUUCGGCAAAUUCACCGUGAGAGGCAAGGACUCUCUCAAGUUACUGGACCGCCUGUUCGCUAACACCAUGCCCAAGGUGGGUCAGACAAACAUCAGCCACAUGUUGACACCCACCGGGAGAGUCUAUGCCGAGGUCACGAUCACCCAGUUAACGCCUGGAGAGUUUUUGCUCAUUACCGGCUCGGGAUCGGAGCUACAUGACCUCAGGUGGAUAGAAACGGAAGCGGCCGUCGGCGGCUACGACGUCGACAUCGUCAACGUGACGGAAGAAAUUGGCGUGCUGGGGGUCGCCGGGCCAAAUUCUCGGAAGGUCCUUCAGAAGCUCACCCAAGAGGACAUGAGUCAUUCGGCCUUUAAAUUUCUCCAGUGCAAGUUCAUCCAAUUGGCCGGUGUUUCGCUGCGAGCCAUCAGGAUCUCUUAUACAGGCGAACUAGGAUGGGAGCUGUACAUUGACCAGAAGGACAUGGCGACGGUGUACCAGGCCAUCAUGGAAGCGGGACGAGAGGAAGGCAUCGACAACUUCGGCACCUACGCCAUGGCUUCCCUCCGGCUGGAGAAGGGCUUCAGAGGAUGGGGAGCUGAGAUGAACUGUGACACCAACCCACUGGAAGCGGGCUUAGACUAUUUCAUCAAACUCAACAAGCCGGCGGACUUCAUCGGCAAGGCGGCACUUCAGGAGAUAAAAGCCAAGGGCCUGAAGAGGAAGUUGUCUUACCUCGCGGUGGAGACGGACGACAUUGACCCGGAAGGCAAUGAGACUGUGUGGCACCAAGGCGAGGUGGUCGGCAAUACCACGUCGGGGGCUUACAGCUACAACGGCCGGCACAGCCUGGCGUUCGCCUACCUCCCUGUGGGGCUCUCCUCAGUGGGCCAGAAGGUGGAGGUGGAGUUGCUGGGAAAGAAAUACCCAGCCUCGGUAAUCCAGGAGCCACUGAUGCUCACCGAGCCUACACGGACUCGCCUGCAGAACAAAGCCAAGAGCAAAGCUUAAGAACACAUUGGUCAGGAAUCCCGUUAUUUGGACUCUGGCGCGUUCUCGGUCCAGUUUUAUGAUAUUCGUGAAUCACAAUGUCUUAAAAUCAUUUUAGAAUUCCACGGUUUACAUUUUGUUUGGUAUUACUUUGCUAAUAAUGUAAUUACUGUGGGUGUCGUAUUACAAUUUUGUACAGUUUUUAUAAUUAAAUUAACAUACUGCACAUGAAUACCUUAAGAAAUAAAUUAUCUUCUGGAUGGAUAUAUUUUGAUGAAAUAUAAUAAAUAUCGGGGCUGUAAAUUUUCCUUUUU